GCAGCAGGUCAGUGCAGCAUGUGCUCCUGUCUUGCUUCCCUCCCAUUCCCUUUUUUUGGCAUUGGCGUUGUUCAGUGGAAGUCGCCCAGGACCUUCUUGAGUCGGAAGAGGAACACCUGAAGAAAUGAGUGCAAGUAUUCCGUUGAUGGACCUUCCCAGCUGUGAAGUCCACAGACUUGGAGAGAUCGCAGACCUCGUGAGCUCUGCUGGCCGCUCACGCGUUGGUAAGGAAAAGCUAGCCCUGGCCUUGAAAAAGGAAGGCUAUAUUCCCAAACUGCUGCAGCUUUUCCAAGUCUGUGAGAAUUUAAAGGACACUGAAGGCUUGCAUCUUUUGUUUGACAUUGUGAGAGGAAUUUUGUACCUGGAUGAAGAUGUUCUGUUUGAGGUGAUGUUUUCUGACGAGUGUAUUCUGAAUGUUGCUGGAUGCCUUGAAUAUGAUCCGUCUUUGGCUCAGCCAGAAAGCCUCAGGGAGUUCUUGAUGAAAACAGCAAAGCUUCAGGAAGUUAUUCCUACAAGAGACCCUGAAAUCAGGCACAAAAUCCGCCAGACAUUCAGGGCGCAAUACAUUCAUGCCAUCAUCUCGCAGAAUUCAUCUGACUUGGAAGAGGGUUUUCUUUCUACCCUCACUGCAUUCAUCAGACGCAGCGAAGAGGAGAUUUUAAGAGUCUUGCAGAAAGAUGAGAUAUUUUUCUCUGAAAUUUUUGCAAAAUUGAAUGAUGAAGCUACAGCUGAUGAGCAACUACGUGAAUUGGUGAAGUUUUUCAGGGAAUUCUUUGCCUUUUCUUAUGCAUUACCUACGAAUAGAGGUGAAUUUCUCAGCACUUUGGCAAAGUUUGAAAUUCUUCCAACUCUUGAAAGGUUAAUGGGAAUGAAUGAUCUGCAAGUAAGAUCUGUUGCUGCAGAUAUAUUGUCUUAUGUAGGAUACUUUAAUCCUUUCACGGUCCACGACUUUGUACUGCAAGAGGCCCAUCAGAGUGACAAUAACAACCAACUCCUCAUUGUGAUCAUUGAGCAGUUGAUCAACAACUCUGACCCUGCACUUGGAGGAGAUAAUCAGCUAAAGAAGAUUUUGCUUAUUCUGAUUGAUCCAGAGAAUAUGCGGGAACGCGUUAGUAAUUUAGAAAUAUUUGAGUUUCUCGAUUUCUUCUACGACCGUUGCAUUCAUGUUCUUACUGCCCCACUUCUGGCUGAUACAUCAGAAAAAUCCUAUGACAAAGAUGAUUAUCAAACAGCAGAAAUACUUGCUUUAGUUUUGGAGGUGCUUUCUUUUUGUGUGCGACAGCACAGGUAUCACAUGAAGAAGUAUGUUACAAGCAAAGAUCUGCUAAGAAGAAUCCUGGUAUUGUUGAAAUCCAAGCACAAAUUUCUGGCCUUGUCUGCUCUUCGUUUUAUGAGGAGGAUGAUUGACCUGAAAGACGAUCUUUACAACCGGUACAUCAUUCUGGGAAACCUCUUUGAGCCAGUUGUAAAUGCUCUGUUGGACAAUGGGACUAGGUACAACUUGCUCAACUCUGCCUUGCUGGAGCUGUUUGAAUUCAUCCGGGUGGAAGACAUCCAGUCUCUUAUCGAACAUAUAGUUGAGAAUUUCUCUGACAAGCUGGACUCCAUCCAAUAUGUUCGCACGUUCCAGGGACUGAAGGCAAAAUACGAGCAAGAAAAAAACUGUCAAAGCCAGACAUUGAACAGUGUCCCCUCCAUGUUGCCUGGCAAGACAUUUGUCAGAGAUGAAACAGUCUCCGAGGCGGAUGAAGGACCCCGGGGCAGUAAAGUUGAAGAGGAGGCAGCUCCGACAUCACCACAAAGCUCCAAUGUCUCCAAUGCAACAUCCACACCCCUGACCACAGUGAUGUCACCUGUCAAGAAAUGUAUAUUUGAAAUAUUUAAUUUUACUGAUGAGGAUGAAGAGGAGGAGGCACGUCCAAGGAAAAGAACUCGUCUGGAUUCCUAAAGGAAAUGGAAGCUUUGAAAUAAGGACUUUUAUGAUGGGUUUGAAAUGCUAUGAUUGCUUAAUGUUAAACUAUGAAACCAGCUGCAAUCCACCAUGUAGAUCACUCUUGAUGAUACAUUAUUAUAUAGUAAUAAUGUCAUAUCAUAGUAAUACAUGUUAGUAAUAUAAGUAAUAUGUAGUUAAAAAUAUUAAUAUACAUUUAUAUUUAAAAUAUAUAUAUAAUGAUUUUAUUUAAUAUAAAGCA